GUUUGGUCACACACUCCAAUUUGACACCUGGAUAGAAAACAUGAUACAUGUAUCUUGCUUCCUCAGCUGGCUAUAAAUCAUCAAUCCACAACACCAUACCCAUGCAAAUUCAUCACAACACACUACUAAAGCCAAAACCCUCUUACUCUUGCCCCAAAAAAUUAAAAAACAAACCAAUAAUAUAAUAAAAUGGCCAAUUUUUCCAUACUAGUCUUUCUCCUUCUUCUCUUCACCACCAACACUUUCUCCCUCCAACAAGAAAUAGAGCUACUAAAAAUGACCCAAACCCAAGUUUCACAAAUCAUGAACAAUUUGUUAGGGAAACUUGGAAAUGAAGCCAUGCUAGUUGUUGAUGAUCAUUCACACCAAAAUUAUUCAAGUACUAGUGUGGCUCUAAGAGAUUGUGCUAAUCUCUAUGAGGAGAGUGAGUAUAGGCUUUCUUACAUGAUGAACUACUCAAUGAAUAGUAGCUAUUAUUAUUAUGACAAUGAUGAUGCACUUUCUUGGGUUAGUGCUUUGAUGACAAACCAACAAACUUGUUUGGAUGGAUUGAAGGAAAAAGGGUAUGUUGGUGCUCAUGAUGAGGUUUUGGAAAAUGGAAACUUGACCAUGUUGCUUGGUCAAGCUCUUGAUUUGUAUGCUAAGAGAAAAGGCAAAGCAAAACCAAAAGGAGCAGCAGAGAGAGCAUUUUCCAGAUCAUCAAGUAAUGGUGGAAUAAUGUUAGCAUCAUGGAAUCCAUCAACAUCGAAAGCAGACUUCAUAGUAUCACAAGAUGGGUCAGGAACACACAGAACAAUAAGAGAUGCAGUGGAAGCACUUGCUUCAAGGGGUAGCAAGAAUGAAGAAAGAAGAAUUAUUUAUGUUAGAGCAGGUGUGUACCAUGAGAAGGUUGUGAUUGGACCCAAAUUGAAGAAUGUGAUGUUUGUUGGAGAUGGCAUGGACAGAACCAUUGUCACUGGAAGCAGAAGUGCUGCUGAUGGUUCUAGUACUCUUGGUUCAGCCACAUUUGAUAUAUCUGGAGAUGGAUUUUGGGCAAGAGACAUGACAUUUGAAAACACAGCAGGACCAAGGAAGCACCAAGCAGUAGCACUAAAAUCAGGUUCAGACUUUUCAGUUUUCUACAGAUGCAGAUUCAGAGCAUACCAAGACACACUCUAUGUCUAUGCUAACCGCCAAUUCUACCGAGAUUGCCAAAUCUAUGGAACCAUAGACUUCAUCUUCGGAGAUGCCACAGUUGUCAUUCAAAACAGUGACAUCUAUGUGAGAAAACCAAUGUCGUCCCAAUCAAACUAUAUAACAGCACAAGGGAGAGAAAAUCCUAAAAAACCAACUGGGAUUUCAAUAAUCAAUUGUAAGGUUAGGCCAACAAGUGAUUUUGUUACAUCUGAGAGUUCAAUCAAGACAUUCUUGGGUAGGCCUUGGAAGAAGUAUUCUAGGACUGUGGUGAUGAAGAGUGAUUUGGAUGGUUUGAUUGAUCCGAAAGGGUGGGGGCCAUGGGACGGUGAAUUUGCAAUUAGGACUUUGUAUUAUGGUGAGUAUAUGAAUUAUGGGAGUGGUGCUUCUUUAAGGAAUAGGGUUAAUUGGCCUGGCUUUCAUGUUUUGAAUAGUGCUAAUGAGGCUUCUCCUUUUAGUGUUGGUGAGUUCUUGCAAGGUGGUAGGUGGAUUCCAGCUUCUGGGGUUCCAUUUUCCUCUGGGAUCUAA